GCGCAGUGCGGGCGGGGUGCGCACGCGCGUGAGAGCAAUCGCGGGUGGGUGGGGUCGAGGAUUGUUGAGUCAGGGCAUUUCGCGGGUGCUGUCAGAGCUGGGCCGAGAACCCUAGGCGGGGCAGCCGGGUCGUAGACGCGGGGGCCAGUCGCGGUCGGUGGAGAGGUUGAGGCUGUGGGAGGGGUGGACGUGGCGGAAGCCGCGGGGACUGCGGGGGCGGAGUGCCUCUGGGCAGCCAGGGAGGCCUUUCCAGAGGCUCCUGGGGGAAGAUGAGGCGAAGCGAGAGUCCCCGGGGAACCCCCACUCCACCCCCAGCCGGAGACUGGGUUGUGCCUGCACGGACCGGAGCCCACAGUGCGAGUUGCUAUAGGCCACCAGCCAGGGUGGCCAACUCCUCCCGGUCUGCCCGGGAUGUUCUGGUUUUGGGACCAAAGCAUCCCAGGCCUCCAGCCCACUGCAGUGACCAUGUUAUGCGCCCCCUGACCAUCUUCUCCCGCAGCUUCCCUAGAUUAGGCUUGGGAGGCAAGAGGAGGCCUCCUGACCUUUCACACUGCCUUUGUUAAUAUUGAGAUGAAGGCACACUCCACAACUUACUUCCGGCCAGGCCCAGAUGUGGCCGUCCUUGUAAGAUAAAAGCUUCCAUGGGAGCCUUCCUUCCUCAUCAAGCCUCGUGGCGGAACAUCUGACCCCUUCAAGAGGAAGGAUGAAAGCUGUACAUGGGAACACGAUGUGAAUGGAAGAAACCUGUCAUUAUGCAAAUAGUACGGCACUCCGAACAGACACUAAAAACAGCCCUCAUCUCAAAGAACCCAGUGCUUGUGUCACAGUAUGAGAAAUUAGAUGCUGGGGAACAGCGUUUAAUGAAUGAAGCCUUCCAGCCAGCCAGUGAUCUCUUUGGACCCAUUACCUUGCAUUCUCCAUCAGAUUGGAUCACCUCCCACCCUGAGGCCCCCCAAGACUUCGAACAGUUCUUCAGUGAUCCUUACAGAAAGACACCCUCUCCAGACAAACGCAGCAUUUAUAUACAGUCCAUUGGCUCUCUAGGAAACACCAGAAUUAUCAGUGAAGAAUAUAUUAAAUGGCUCAUGGGCUACUGUAAAGCAUAUUUCUAUGGCUUGAGAGUAAAACUCCUACAAUCAGUUCCUGUUUCCGCAACAAAGUGUUCCUUUAGAGUCAGUGAGAACACACAAAACCUACAAAUUCAUGCAGGGGACAUCCUGAAGUUCUUGAAAAAGAAGAAACCUGAAGAUGCCUUGUGUGUUGUGGGAAUAACAGUGAUUGAUCUUUACCCAAGAGACUCGUGGAAUUUUGUCUCUGGACAGGCCUCUCUUUUUGUAGGUGUGGGGAUAUUCAGCUUUGCCAGGUAUGGCAGUGAUUUUUAUAGCAUGUGCUAUGAAGGCAAAGUGAAGAAGUUCAAGAAAACAUCUUCAAGUGACUAUUCAAUUUUCGACAACUGUUAUGUUCCAGAAAUAACUAGUGUUUUACUACUUCGAUCCUGUAAGACUUUAACCCAUGAGAUGGGACACAUAUUUGGACUGCGAUACUGCCAGUGGCUGGCAUGCCUAAUGCAAGGCUCCAGCCACUUGGAAGAAGCUAACCGGUGCCCUCUGAACCUUUGUCCUACCUGUUUGCACAAGUUGCAGUGUGCUAUUGGCUUCAGCAUUGUAGAAAGUUAUUAAGCACUGGUGAGGUGGAUUGAUGACGAAUCUUCUGACACACCUGGAGCAACUCCAGAGCACAGUCGUGAGGAUAAUGGGAAUUUACCGAAACUGGAAGCCUUUAAGGAAUGGAAAGAGUGGAUAGUAAAAUGCCUGGCUGUUCUCCAAAAAUAAGGACCUUCAAAUAGGAGUGAUUGAAAUAAAUGACUACUUGCAUGUUAUGCUUUCAUUUGGGUGGAAUACCUCAUCGGAAUAAACUACUGAUCUUGUGCUGUGUCAGAGUAACAGACUAGAACCUUCUUUCAGGUAUCUGAAUUGACAUGAAACUCAUUUUGAAUAAUAAAAACUCUAGAAACUCUUUAUCUUCUCAUCUUGCUGGCCUGGUCUGUGGCAGCAAGCCCUUUAUUUCCAUUCCCCAAAUAUGUUUAUGUCUCCCAAGAAAGCUGGGACUGGUGGUAACGAGCAAGUAAAUAACUUGAAAAAGAACGGUAGAUGUCCCAGGGAACCAACCGACAUAAUUUCCAGGGGGUGAUUUUGUUUUUAGAAGAGCUGCUCCCCUCUGUUAGGCCCAGCCAAGUCACAUUUUUGGACGUCCAUGGGCUCUGAUCGUCACCACAGCCCUCCUCUUCUGUGAGCCUUCCUUACUCUCUGGAGUGCAUUACCUUUUUUUCUCUUGCUGGUUAUUAUUCCUUAUUAUUCCUUAUUCCUAUAUCAGUUUUUAGUAGCUUAAAAUAUGACCUCUCAGGAAUAUUUGCAAGUGAAAAUAACAAUGGUACUUACACUACCACAACAAUUUGGUGGUGGGAGUUCUGUUGCAGGUCUCAGCUAUAACAUAGUCAUUUAUGAGGGAUCUUAUAAAUAGUGGUAAUGGUAUUUAUAUUUGUGAGUGUUGCACUUUUUCUAUAGAUUUAGAGCAGGUUUCAGGUUUAUUUCAGUAAUAAUGUCCUCACCUUACGUUGUGAAGUGUUUACUUGAGUCAGGGAGAGAGUUUAAUGGGGUUAUCUGUCGGGGUGCCGUGAAUGCUGAUGAGGACCUGCAGAGUGUGAACAUCAGCCCCAUUGCUACGGGGGUGGAGGUGGAAAACCUCAGACUUGACAAACCACCUCUGCUGCAUAGAUGUAUUUUGGAAAUUAGAAAUUACAGUGAAUAUUUUAUGGAAUGCCAGUGAGCAGACAGCAUUUCCCACUUCCCUAUCUUACCUUGAGGGCUCAACCACAGGAAUUACCUCUCGGAGUCUCCGCAUAGGUUCAGUGUUGCUGACCUCCGGCAGGUGGGAGUGUCCUGCUUCCCCCGCCCAGACCUCCAGAGAGACUUCAUUCCGGGAGAAGUCAGCAAGGAAGACGGGAGCGGGUGUCUGUAGUUUCCUGAAGACAGCAGUCUGCAGCUUUUCUGCAGCUCAGGGUGGGUUGCCCUGCUGCCCCAGCUUCCUGGGCAGGGACGGAUACUCCCAGCACCCUGGAAUAAGCAAGCACUCCAGCAACCCCAGGAUCACAGGAAGAGAGUUUGGAAAACUCCUUUCCCCAGGGGGAGGGUACAGUGGAGUCGGGUCUCUGUGAAUCCCAUUAGCCCUGAGUGACCUCAGUGCCCACGGGCUGGACGCUGGCACUGCUCAGCCUGACUCGGAGGUUUUCUUUUCUUGCACACAUGGAAACUGGGGGUAGAAGUUCUCCAGGCAGGGUGCCAUGGUGCCUCAGUGCAGCUGCUUGAAAGGCCUGGGGCCUCAGUUUACCAGCCCUCCGCAGAUGGCAAACAGGGUGUAUAAAGGAUUCCUCAAGGCCCUGAUCGAAUUUGCCUCCCAGCACGUCUACAACUGCGACCUAUGCACCCAGCGUGGCUUCAUCUGCCAGAUCUGCCAGCACCCCGACAUCACCUUCCCCUUUGAGUUUGACACCACAGUCAGGUAUGCGGGACACCCAGCCAGCCGUCUCCCAGCCCCACCCUUCUCCCCACACCCACAGCCUGGCCCAAGCACGCAGGGCAGCAGGCCUCGCUCUAUGGGCAGGAAUGUAUCGAACAUCCGCUUUGUGCUGUGCCCAAGGGGUGGUGCUGUUGUUUGGGGCAGUCCAUGCCCUGGGCAGUCAUGCGCAGCUCCGGUCCAGCUCAGGGGCCAAGACAAGCUCUCCCAGGACUCCUCUGCCUUUAUGGAACCAUCUGUCUUCCUAAAGAAGAGGUGGCUGCCGGCUCUCUGAGUGGAGCCUCCUGGUGCCUCAAUGUAUGCAUGGGUUGAGGAGGGUUGUAUGAGUUAUCGCUCUGCACCGUUGGCAUGAGACCAGGCACAAAGUGGGCACCUGGUGGGUGGUACCUGCCACUGCUGCUGAAAUGAUCACUCUUGUUCCCAGUUAUUGCUCAUUAUCAGCAACCUCUCAGUGGAGAAAUUCAUCCAGACCUUCCUGCAACCCACAUGGGAGUGGAAAACUAACUGGGAACAUUAAUUCUUUUUCUGUUGGUGUUCACUGGCCUGGAGUCAGCCCUGAAUGGGCCUGGGGGUGUGCCGAGUGCAAGACCAUCUUCCACCAGAGCUGCCAGGCUGUGGUGAAGAAGGGCUGCCCCCACUGUGCCCGCCGGCGCAAGUACCAGGAACAGAACGUUUUCACCUGAUGCCCAUCUGCUGACCCCGUUCUGAAGGCCAGGGGUGAGUGCGGCUCAGCCAUCCCAGCUGGGUUUGCCAUCAGCCCAGGAUACUCACCGUGUCACAGCUGUGCACCCUUGUCAGGAAGACCCUCAGAUGUGACCAGAGCACCGGCCUUCCAGAGAAAGCCCCGUAAGUCCCUCUGAUGUCCCCCGGCCCCCUCACCACCCCUCUGCUGCAGGAGGCGUGGCCACCACCAGAUGCUCCCUGUCUCGGGGCAGACAGGGUCUUUUACUCACCAGGCCCUGGCUCACCAGCGUCCCGGCACCUCCGUUAGGGCUGCCCAGACACUGUGGAAAGGAAGCUUGGGAAGCAUUUUCAAUUCCACAUUCCUGAUUAAAAUGUCUUGUUUUAUAAGGUGGGUUUUUCCCAUUCAUAUUUCAACAAAGUAUUUUUUUAUUCUUACCCUACGUGAGUCACCCAUGAAAUCCGGACAUUCUCACCCCCAGCGGAUGCACGGGAGUCAUUCAGGCCUGGCCUAGAGGCAGUGGGUGGCUGGCGGGCAGGCCACUGCUGGGACAGGGCCCACCCGGUGCCUUUCCUUGCCUUCAUUGCCAGUGCCAAACCGCCCCUCAGCAGGGGAGGGCCAGUCCUGGUGACCCCACUUCCUGUCUGUCUCUUUACUCCCCACUCUUGCCGGCUGAGCCCACCCCUUUCUCAGCAUCAGAGCCCCUAGCUCUUCUCUAGCCCAGGGCCUUGGCCCCAUUAGGAGAAGGAGAAACAACUGGAAACCAGCACUGUCAGCACUUUGAGCCCUCCUCGGUUUAGGGAGGGUCACUGUCUUGCCCACCCCCGAUCCUCACUCCUUUAUAGACAGGGGCGCUGCUGCAGAUGCUCCAGGCCCACCUCGGUGGGCGCCCGGGGUCACACUCUCUGCCUGACUGACCCCUGCCAGGGCACAGACAGGCAGGACCCCAGAGAGGGCAGGCAGCCUGGCCCUGCACUGUGGAGAAGUGACCCGGUCCUUCGCCCUAAGCUGUGCGGGGCUUGCAGGGGAGCUGCCCUGUGGAUGCAGCCACGGCCUCACAAAGCCAUGAAUUCCCACAGCAUCACUGAACUUGCCCAGCCAGGACAUGGAGACUGAAGAACUUCCCCAGAGUAGGACUGUCUUUGAAGGGGCCUUGGGGCUGGGGUGGGAGCCUGGAAUUGCUUUUGAAGUGAAGUUCAGACCCUCCAGGCUUCAGGGAAAUGUGGGUUUGCUGGUCUCUCUGUCGCCUUCCCCCACCUCUCCUGGACCCAGCAGGCCCUCAGUCCUAGCUGUCUUACCUGCGCUCAGCUUGGAGCCUGAGGCCUCAGGUGGAGAUCUGCCUGUCACUGUCAGAGAUGAGCCCACCCUCACCCCUCCCUGGGGGCGAUCGGCUGCUGAGUCACCCACCCAGCCUUGGAAUUGGAUGCCUGUGCAGCAGAACAGAAGCGGCAGUGGCAGGCAAGUGGAGGCUGCGCACAGCUUUUUCGGGUCAUGGCACACACCCGUGCCCAGAUGCCAAUGCCUCCUAAGCCAGGAGCUGGGUUAUGCACCUGCCAUGGCCCACAUUAACUCUCCAUCACAAGCCUGGCCUCGUCAGAGCCCUCAUUGCCCCAUCCCUGAGUGGGCAGGAGCCUGGCCUGGGGAAGGCUUGGGCCUGUGAGGAUUCUUCCCGAAGGUGCCCUCGGAAACAGACUAAUUCUCAGGGAAAUCAGAUUGCGGUAAAAUGAGAUGGAAAUAAACAACAUUCAGAUCUGA